GCCAUGCCAUCCCCGGCACCGGCCACUCAAAAUCCCCAGACUUUUCAAAGCAUCCACCUCCCACCCUCCCUCCGAUCCCCCGUCUUCUUCCUCCUCUCGUGCGACCGAGGGGAUCGUCGUCGAUCGAUGGCAACAACAAUGGGUGUGUGCAGAGCGGUGAAGAUGAUCUGCGGGACGAAGGUGGAGCGGGUGGUGGGCACGGGCAAGGCGCCCGGUUCUUGCCCGUCCUGCGGCGGCCCCGUGGUGGCGACCGACGUGGAGAGCGAGCGGCGCAUCCUCUGCCUCCCGCUGUGCCUCAAGAACAAGCGCAAGUACUCCUGCACCAGGUGCUUCCGCCGCCUCGUCACCGUCUACAGCUAGCCGCUGCUGGUGGUGCCACCGGUCCAUCCAUCCAUCCUUCCAUCGACUAGCGACGUACGAAGCCAAUAAUCCAUUAACCCGCUCGAGUUCUUUGGUUAAUUCUUCUUGGCCGUACGUGGUUACGGCUCUAGAGUAGCUUGCUAGCCUGGCUAAUGUAAUGUAAUGUAAUGGUGAUUCUGUGAUGAUUCUUCUACUAGUUUCUAGGAGCUACUCGUAGUUGCCAUAUCUAGCAAAUUUGGUGGGCGUCCAUCACGCGUCGCGCUGCAAAAUUGGCACUCUGCUGUGUCUUGCAGUAAGCUCCCUGUCAAUGGUUGCGGGGCCGGGGCACCCCCGCUAUAAUGCACCGGUCAGUAUUGGAAAUU